AAUCGAUGAAUGCAUUCUCGAUACCGACCGUUGUUCCUUCCUGGUGUGAGCAUUCGUAGGAAGUUUUUAUAGAAGUUACCAUUGGUUCCGCUUAAAGAUUUAUCCAACAUGCUGCCGGAACUACAGGAAGCCAUCCAGUUAGCACAGAAGAAUCUUUCCCGUGGAUAUGUGUCCUCAAAGCGGAGCGACAUCAACUGGCUUAAUACUGUUUGUGGAGAUUUCCACAAAUUGUUGCGAGUUCUGCAUAAGUUUAUGGUUUUUGAACAAUAUGAUAACGCAGGCAGCAUGGAGAUGCUAUAUUUGUGCCUAUCGCAAAUCGUUGUCUGCAUUCGGUACCUGGAGCGAACAUUCGUCAUAGAACAGGACCAGGACCGGACGCUUAUGUCCACCCGCCAAUGCUUCCUGGACCGUAUCGUGUGGUGCAUAACACGGAUCAAAACGUUAACCGAACAAAUCGAUUCUGAAGAAUGUACAACUGAGUCCAAUUUUGUAAACUUUCUCGAUUUGGCGCUCAGUUUGAUAAGCCCAAUGACGCUGAUGGGCAACUCUGCAGCAGCUUACGCGAACGACGAAGAUAAUGCUGAAGCUCUGGUUAGGAUUCGGUCCGUUGUCGAAGCGCUCAUAACACAGGUAUUCGCCUUUGGCAAUGUACUGUGCGAGCAAGACAAGGAACGAUUAACUCAGGCAUGCCAGCGAGUUUUGAGAGAGUGCAUAGCUCUGGAACGAGAUCCAGCGCUGGACCUUGAGAAGCUCACCAGUGAUCAGGACCGAUGUUUGAAAGCUGGACUGCUCGAAGGGGCAAUCUAUCAGCUGGAAAUCCAGGCCAACGAUUGCUUUCUGAGGUUGGUCUACGAAACAUUCUCCGAGCUGGAUAGGAAUUUAGUUGGCCAGAUGCGAAAACUAGUAACCGAUGAUGCGAAGGAUGAAAAAAUGGAUGCCCUUGCGGACCGAUUCGACAACAUGGUAGAUCGCAUCAUGCAAAUUGGACUGUUCACAUUAUCGUACGCUGAUGAUGCGAAAGUCGCUUCGGUAAUCCGCAGCUGUUUGGCCUCGAUUGAGGCACUGGAUUCCUACCUGAUCCCUUCGAUCUACGUGCCCUGUGUACAUCACACUAAACUGCUGGAAGAGCAUUGGCACGAGGAAUCGAGCCAGCUCCGCUCACACGUUCAACGGAUCAUCGACAGCAAUGCCUUCGCUUUGGUUCUGAUUGACCUGUUGGACGGUGGAAUCGAUAAACUUGUAGUCAAUUACGAAUCACACUGUGCAGAAGGUUUACUUCACAAAGCCGAAGUAUUCCGACAGCACCUGGAACUCAACCGAAAAGAUCUGGAUUUGUUGCGUGAACCCUUGAGCCUGUUUUACGAGGAUUUCAAAAUGAUGCUUCUCGAGUGUCGUGCCAUCGUUAAAUAUGCUCGCGAAGAUCCGUCGAUAGCGAAAGAUCGUGUAGUAAAGCGCUUUCGAAUUUUGCUGCAAAAGUUACGAAAAAUUCAGCAAACCAUUAGCUCGGGAAAGGGCAAAGAAGUUCUCAAAGAUGAAAAGAUUGAUGUGAGACCCUUGGAAUCGAUGGCUAAAACGGACGAGGAGAAGGAAGUGGAUCAGAGUGUGAAGGAGUUUUUCUCUCUAACCGAAGCCCGCUUUUCGGCGAAAAAUAUUCUCUACCGUAGUCGAAGAGGAGAACCUCCAUCAGCUAGGCGAAAUUCUACGGCCUCGUUACUGCAGCUUCAAAGUUUUUCAGAUGUCCCUUCUCUGCUACGAAAGCAAGUGGAAACAACCCCUGGAAAGGGCGCCCCUAAAGUGGUUUCACCAGAUUCAAACUCAUCAUCGAAAAAUCGAUUGAUGAAACGGGAUAGUCUUCGUAAGGCAAUGUUCAAACGCAAGCAGUGCCUAGAGACGGCUGAUUUUUUCGAGAGUUUCAAAAGCGAUGUGGAUCUACAAAUAACAGAAAUUUUGGAUCAGCUAACAGAUCUGUCGUCAACGUUUGCAAUCGAUCAGAAAACAAUUGUUCAAAAUUGUACAAAGCAGGACCUGGAGCAUCUGGAAAAAUUGGAACAAGUAGAAGAACAGACUCAACAAUCAGACAGGAAGUCUAUCACCAAGGAGGAGAUAGAGAUUACUGAUGACAAUAAAAUUUGUAUUAAUAUUACGACUGAUAUUUAAGAUA